GAAGACGCGGGGUUUGAUUGUGAUGCCAAAUCGGGCAGUCCCUAUCAGUCAAACCACCAAAAUGACUCCCGAGUAUGAGCACCCGAAUCCCCUUCCUCCACUCCAGCUCGCCAUCUCGAUCCUCAUUCAAGCCGCCGAGGGUCUCUCUGCGACGGUCAUCUUCCCAUUUGUACCUCAAUUCGUACAGGACACAGGCAUCACAGGCGGAGACGAGCGGAAGACGGGAUACUGGGCUGGCGUUCUCGAAUCAGUGUUCUUCGUCGCCGAGUUCUUCUCGGUAUACAUCUGGGGCAGAGCGGCGGACAGCUUCGGGCGACGACCGGUGCUCCUUCUCGGACCCUUGGGGCUGGCCGUGUCGCUUGUCGGGUUCGGCUGGUCAAAGACGUUCUUGGGGCUACUGUUCUGGCGCAGUGCCCAGGGCGUGUUCAACGGAAACAUUGGCAAGUCCAAAAUCCCAUCAUGGGACCGACUAACAUCAACAACAGGCGUUGUUAAGACCGUAUUGGUAGAGAUCUCCGACAAGACGAACCUGGCCCAGGCCAUGUCUUUUGUGCCGGUUGCCUGGACGUCAGGCACCACUCUUGGGCCUAUCAUCGGUGGCCUCCUGUCAGAACCAGCGAUCCGCUUUCCGGAAAGCUUUGGGAAGCUCAAGACCUUUCGAGACUAUCCAUAUCUCCUUCCUUGUGCUGUCGUUGGGCUUGCAUCGCUGUCGAUAUUUGUCCUCGGGUUCUUCGGUCUCAAAGAGACCUUGCCCACGAUUCGGGCUCGCUCGAACCAGAAUCGAGAACAGACCCAAGACGAGACAGAACCACUGAUCGCUCAUGAAUCGCCCGCAGCUACCGCUGCGUCAUACUCGUCGGUUGAGUCGUCAGCUGUAGCAAAAAAUGAUGAGCCCCCCUCACUCUGGGAGCUGCUCGUACCCGAUUUGGUCGUUCCAUUAGUAAACUACGGGUCCUUCUGCUUCGUCCAGACCUCUUAUCAAGUUCUAUUCCCUCUGAUGUAUUCCACCAGCAUCGAGAACGGCGGGCUCGGCUUCAGCCCCUACCAAAUCGGGGUGAUUCGUGGAAUCUGGGGUUUCCUCAACACCUUGUUCCAGAUUUUCCUCGCAGCGCGCUUGAUCAAGUACCUCGGACCUCGGACUACUUAUAUCUGCUCUUUUGCCAAUUUCGCAGUGUGCAUUGGCUCGUACCCUCUUCUUUCUUUUUUGGCAAUGAGAGCCGGUCGCGUCGAUCUCUUUGUAUGGCUGGUUGUGGUCGCUCAGCUGACGGCUAACUUGCUCGUCGGCGUUUCAUAUGCCUCAAUUCAGCUGUUCAUCGUGCGAAGUGUACCCCGGGCUUCGGCGAUUUCCGUGACCAAUUCUAUUGCCCAGAUGGUCUCAACAAUAUUGCGCGCUUUAGCGCCGUUUCUAGCGUCUGCGCUGUUCGCUGUGUCCAUUGAGAAGAACCUGAUAGGUGGUUUCUUGGUCUAUAUUGUUCUUUUGGCGAUUGUGUUUGUCGGGAUAUGGGCUUCGUUACUUCUCAAGGAGUGAUCUUGCCUUGAAUUAAAGGCCUUCAACAAGUGAUUAGAAGAAUGUAAUAAAAUACAGAUUCUGGAUCAAUGUUCACUAAUUUGUCGGAUGGCAUUGCUCUUCUGAAAUCAUAUGGCUCAC